AUGCGAAAUCGGACCAAGGCUAUAAAGUUAGGAUUUGUGGUCCGUCGGAAUGAUCGCUGGAAUGGAAAUGGUUUUCAACAGACUCAGAAUUCUUCACGACGGGAACUAGAACAAGUUGCCAUGGUUCACAAUAGUAGUUGUGUCACUCCAAAUGUCAAAAGCGAGUCUGAUCAGCCGAAUUCUUUCAUUUCUGGUAAAAAAUCACCCAUUUACGUCUUUAAAAAAGCCGAUUCUUCCCCUACUGUGUCGAAAAAUUGCACGUCACCGAAUGCUAACGAUAACAGAGCAUCUCUGAAGCCUACCAAAGACCAUGAAAAUCAGGCACCCAACUCUGUCGAAGUCUUUUGCUCCAAAGGCACAUUCGAUAUUAACUCGAACGAAAAAGCUUGCAUUUGUACGAAGGUGGAGCAAAUGACGACGCUCCAGGCAGGGUCCGUGCUCUACGAAUGGCACACAACAGAGCAGAAAGCUCUCAACGGCAAAGUUGUUGUUGGGACGGAAUUAGCACCCGCUCUUGUCGAUUUUGAACCGAUGAGUCCAAUGAAAAUGAGUACAGGAGGUCAGGGAACGGUUGUCUGGGUGCACUUACCGAGCACAUCGAUGCAGUAUGCACUCAAAUUCAAGGCUCGCGAUGGCAGAAGUGAGAAAAACUGGCUGGUAGAACGCCGCGAAGCAAAAAUCCUUCAAAAGCUUAAACAUCCCUUUAUUGUCAACACAUACCACAUCUAUGAAACAGAUGCUGCUCUGUUUAUGGCUUUUGAAUAUCUGAGUGGAGGCUGCCUUUGGGGUCACAUUGCACGAAUAGGAACGCUGCCCGAGUGUUAUGCAAUCUACUACGCAGCCUGCAUCCUAACUGCUUUGAGCUACCUCCACACAAGGGGCAUCGUUUACAGGGACAUGAAAGCGGAAAAUGUUGUACUUGACUACCGUAACCGCCCAAAACUCAUUGACUUUGGAAUGGCCAAGUACUUUCCUUCAGUGAGAAAACAAAUGCAGCUGGACGGAGACAGUGUUAAGAAGAUCCAUCCUGAAUAUCCUCUCGGAAAGGAGUUUAUUCACGUGCCACAAUUGAAUUGGGCUUCACCUGACCUUGACACCGAUAUCGGAACAGACGACCCACCAACCAGAUAUUACUACGCUGCUUACCUGGCGCCCGAAAUUUACAAUCAACCAGCUGAGGCAAACCAUUACAUUGAUUCAUGGGGUCUGGGAUACAUAAUUCUGGAGAUGAUUCUUGGUUACGGAAUGUGA